CGAGCACAGCCGUCACUGGUUCUUCAAGGGCCGCCUGUCCCUCGAUGGUCGCGCUGUGCCGGGGUCGCUCUUCGGGCGCCUGAUGGACACCCAGAGCUCCUCCCACCCCAACAACGUCAUCAAGUUCUGUGACAACAGCAGUGCCAUCCGGGGGGUCCCGGUGGCCGCGCUGUGGCCGCAGGACCCGGCCGGGCCCAGCCCCUUCGAGAAGAGAACGAGCGUCCGGCACGUGACGUUCACAGCCGAGACGCACAACUUCCCAACCGCCGUGGCCCCGUUCAGCGGCGCCACCACGGGCACGGGGGGCCGGAUCCGGGACGUGCAGUGCACCGGCCGGGGGGCGCACGUCAUCGCGGGCACGGCCGGCUACUGCUUCGGGAACCUGCUGAUCCCCGGGUUCGAGCAGCCCUGGGAGGACGCGCUGGCCCCGUACCCCGCGGCGUUCGCGCGCCCGCUCGAGGUGGCCAUCGGCGCCAGCGACGGCGCCAGCGACUACGGCAACAAAUUCGGGGAGCCCCUGCUGGCAGGCUUCGCCCGCUCCUUCGGGCAGGUCCUGCCCGGGGGGCAGCGCCGGGAGUGGAUCAAGCCCAUCAUGUUCAGCGGCGGCAUCGGAGCCCUGGAGGACGAGCACGUCCGGAAAGAGGCCCCGGAGCCGGGGAUGUUGGUGGUGAAGUUGGGGGGUCCCGUCUAUCGCAUCGGAGUGGGGGGAGGGGCCGCCUCCUCCGUCCAG